AUGGUCCACAAGACACUCCAAGGCCUCAUCGCCGCCGCGGCGAUGGGCGCCCUCGUCAGCGCUCAGCAGCCCGGCAACGUCACCGCCGAAGUGCACCCCGAGCUGCCGACGUGGAAGUGCACCACCGACGGCGGGUGCGUCGAGCAAAAGACCUCCAUCGUGCUCGACUGGAACUACCGCUGGUUCCACAACGAGGACGCCUCCGCCUCGUGCACCACCUCCACGGGCGUCGACCCAACCCUGUGCCCGGACCAGGAGACAUGCACCCAGAACUGCUACGUCGAGGGUGUCGACUACGCCGCGUCGGGCAUCACGACCGACGGCAACGCCCUCACCCUGCGCCAGUUCGUCGCUGACGCCGAGACUGGCGAGCUCAAGAGCGUGUCCCCGCGUGCCUACCUCCUCGACGAGAGCGGCGACUACGUGUCGUUGCAGCUGCUCAACCAGGAGCUUAGCUUCGACGUUGACCUGUCCACUCUCCCCUGCGGCGAGAACGCGGCGCUGUACCUGUCCGAGAUGGACCUCACCGGCGGACGCAGCGCCUCCAGCCCUGGCGGUGCCGCCUACGGCGGUGCCUACUGCGACGCGCAGUGCCCGGUGCAGAACUGGAACAACGGCACGCUUAACACCGACAAAGUCGGCUCGUGCUGCAACGAGAUGGACAUCCUCGAGGCGAACUCCUUCGCCGAGGCCUUCACCCCGCACCCGUGCAUCGACGACAGCUGCGACAAGGGCGGGUGCGGCUUCAACUCGUACGCCAAGGGCAACAAGCAGUACUUUGGCCCUGGGCUCACGCUGGAUACCUCGAAGCCCUUCACGAUGGUGACGCAGUUCAUUACCGACGACGGUACCGCCAACGGCAAGCUGACGACCAUUACUCGGUACUACGUGCAGAACGGGCAGAAGGUGGCCAGCGCGGUUGAGGGUGGUGACAGCAUCACCGCCGAUGCGUGCUCGUCGGCCGAGCCGUACGGCAAGCUGCAGGGUAUGGGUGAGGCGCUCGGCCGCGGCAUGGUGCUCGCGCUCAGCAUCUGGAACGACGCUGGUGGUUUCAUGAACUGGCUUGACAGCGGCAGCAACGGGCCGUGCACUGAGACUGAGGGCGACCCGGCCCUUAUCCAGGCCAACGCCCCUGACUCGCAGGUUGUGUUGUCCAACAUUCGCUGGGGUGACAUUGACUCGACCCUUGAGUCGGCUUAG